ACCAAGGUAAGAAGUCAUGUAUUCUUAACUCUGUUAAACAGUUUCCUGGAGGGACGGGCUGUUUCCUUCUGUCUCUGCACAGACUGAGCUGUUAAUGUCUUUAUAAUCUGCCUUCUCUGCUCUGACACACGUCCUGUAAAUUAAUCUGGUGUUAAAGCUGCGUGUUAACCUCGUCUGACUCUCCAUCCUCUUCAUCAGAGAGCCGAACAGCCACGCCUUGGCUGAAGAUGUUCUGCUGAUUCACUGGAUGGAUGAACUGAGUUGGACUCUGCUGCUGCUGCUGCUGCUGCUGCUGCUCUGAGAGCACAGUAAUCCCAGUAACAGCUUUUACUGGCUGCAGUGUAUCGACCGGGUUCAGAUUUAGUAACUCAGUCCUAAAGAUUCCCUGCCUGCCUCCUCUUCCUGCGUGUGGUCAGUCAGCCUCCAGCUGAUGACAGUAUUGGCAGCUGCAUCAUUCCACCCUGCUGGAUUAUUGGGAUUUUCUUUUCCUACUUUUCCAGCUCUGCUGCUGCUGCUGCACGUGUCCUCUCCUCAUCCUCACUGUUUGAUUGAUUCUGUUUUGGUCUCAUUGUUAUUGACUGGAACAUCCAUUGAUAUUUUCUGAACCAACCUCUCUCCCUGGGUGAGCUAACUCACUGACAAUGUUUUCGUCUUCGUCCAGACACUCUUUGCCCUCGAACUGGUCGUCCAUGGAGCAUUCCGACAGCGAGGUGCUGGACAUCAGCACCAAAGUGCAGCUUCAUGGAGUUCUGUGGAAGAGGCCUUUCGGACGACCUUCGGCCAAAUGGUCCCGCAGGUUCUUCAUCAUCAAAGACAGUUUCUUGCUCUAUUAUGCUGAGAGCGAGAAGAGAAACUUUGAGACCAACCGGUUCUUCAACAUCCACCCAAAGGGAGUAAUUCCUCUGGGUGGGUGUGUGGUGUCCAUCGGUGAAGACCUGGGGAUGCCCUUCUCUAUCGUCAUCAACCUGGAGGACUUCACAGGCACCGUCGUCCUGGCUGCUGAGUCUGAGGUGGAGCAGCUGCAGUGGAUGGAGAUGCUGCAGGACUCUGGGAAAGUAACAUGGAAGAACGCUCAGCUGGGUGAAGCCAUGAUUGAGAGUCUGGAGGCUCAGGGGUUGCAGUUGGCCAAGGAGAAGCAGGGGUAUCUGGACAAACUGAUGGAGGAGACGGAGGAGCUGAGUCAACAGAGAGCUCAGACAGAGGAGCUGGAGCGCCUGAACCAGGUCCUGGAGGAGGAGAAGAUGAAGUUUGAGGAGGUGGUGCUGGAACUGAAGACAGAGCAGGAGCAAAUAAAACUGGACCUGGACGGAACAGCUCAGUCCCUGAAGGGUGUGGAGACGGAGAAGGAGGAGCUGAGCAGCUUAACGGGGAUGCUGCAGAGAUCCAUCGAGGAGUUGUCGCAGGAGAAGCUGAAAACUCUGCAACUGCUGGAAGUGAAGAAGCAGGAGGAGGAGGGUGAGCAGCAGGAGGAGAAGAAGAGUGAGGAGAGCUCAGUUCUGACCUGCAGGGAGACUGAGGAGGAGGAGCAGGAGGUCAGGGAGAAAGAUCUGUUGAAGGACCUGAGACACAUCGAGCAGCAAAUGAAGAUCCUUCUGCAGGAGAAGGAGCAGGCGCAGGAGAAGCUGAUGGAGAACGACCAACGGGCCAAGAUCCUGCAGCAGGAGAGAGAGUUCUACUGGUCUCAGGCUCGGACGCUGCAGCAGUCGCUCUCUCAGCUCACUGUGGACAAACAGCAAACUGAGGCCGAGCUCAAGGCGGAGAUCGAGUCUCGGCUGGAGCUGGAGAAGAGGCUGAAAAUGGCUGAAGAAGCUCUGAAGAACCUGGAACAUGGUCUGAACUCACUGGAGAGGAGCAGAGAGGGUGACGAGAAGAUGAGGGGAGACGUGUCUCAGCUGAGGAAAUUCUUUGAGGAGUGCAUCAGUGCAGCAGAGCUUGAGGCCAAACUUCCUGCCAUCAUGAAAAAUGCAGUUUAUCUUCACAAAGCCGCCGCUCGCCGAAUCAAGAGCUGCAGGAUUCAGAGGAGAGCGUCCAGACAUCACUGGUUGAAACACUCAAAGUCCUUCGCUGCAGGCAACGGCAGCAGCAGCAGCAGCAGCGUGGAGGACCUGAAGGAGACGGCCAGACGACUGACCUCUGACAUCAGCCUCAGACAGAAUGUCUACAAGGUCAUCGCUCGCACGGACGCCACCACCAAGAAGGACGGAUAAGACAGAGGUUAGACGUGGACAGUGAGGGACUACUUUGAAGUAGGAUCUGUAGACGUUCUUCUUCUGGGUUCCCUCAUGGAGCAGUGUGACAGCUCAGUAACUAAACCCACUAAACCAAAUGUUUGAAGAAUCUACUUCAGGUGGAGAUUAAGUGAGGAGUAAAGGAUAUUUGUAGAUUUGUUUAAAUUUUUAAAAGCACAAAAAUAUUUAAUUCUUCCUUAGAAGUAUUUACUGUAAAUAUCUAACUGUGUAUUUUAAAACACUAAGAAUAAAUAGGUAUCUCUAGCCCAGUGUGUGAUUGGUAGGGUGUAUGGUGAGUAACUGUGGUACUGUAUGAGACAGUCAGGAGUGGCAGAGAAGAAUUUGAGGCUGUAGAAUAUGUGCUAGGCCAGCAAGACAAUCGUAAGAUGUGCAGUCAGAGUGACCAAUGGGUUCAAGGUCGUGGGUUGGUUACAUCAAGGGUCAGCUGUUAGCUGCUUUUUUGUUGCUGUGUUGAUAGACAGUUA